GCUGCAAUCGUAAAAAAAACGGCAAGUGAUUCGGUUGAUAGCGCGGCGUGUAGCAAAUUUCCACAUAAAUUUGUGUACUUAUUUUUCUGCAAAAGGCAAACAAAAGCAGUUCACUUGUAAAAUCAAUUAGUUUUUACAAAUACGCAGAAAACGUAUUGCAACAAAUUUUUAUUUUACGAAGUGGAAACAUAAAGAGUCGCAUAUACAGUGCAUACAGAUUACAACAAAAAAAUUUCAUAAAUUCUCAAGCAAAUGAAAAAGGUGGUGUAAAUGUAAAGUGAAAAAAUAUAACAAAAAGCAACAAAGUAAAAGCAGUGAAGAUUUUGUAUGUGGCUGGUUUCUCCAAUGCUUUCUGCCCCCUUACCUUUUAUUGGUGUUUGUAAAAUAGUUGUCGAUACUAAUGUGGUAUAAAUUAUUAAUACUAAUAUGCUAACAAAUUAACUUACGAGUCAAUCUUGCGGAAAUAAAUAUUGAUAAAGCGUGUGAAAAAGUGAAGUGAACAGACGAAACGGUAAAAUUGUUUAUUCGUAAAUAAAAAAAUAUAAGAAACCUCAAACGCAUACAAAACAGUAAGCCGAAAAAAAUAUAUAGCGGUAGAACAAAACAGUGAAUAUGCGCUAGUGGAACGUGUCUAUUACUGCUGUUGCUAUCACGAAUAAUUUUUGCUUACCUGCAUGCCGUCAAACAACUGCCCCUAACUUUUUUUAAAUAGACGUGUUUAUUUAGUUGCCGUACCUUGAAACUUGGAACGCUUGUCACACAUCUUAAACACCACAAUAUUCUCAAUUCCAAACAUACUAUUAUAUAUUGGAUAUAUGCUUAAUGAGCUUGAAUAACUGCAAAAAAGUGAAAAAAUAGCUGUAAAUAUUUAAACUACAAGCAUUGUUCCAAAUUUCUUUAAGGCGGCUAAAAUUUCAUCCUGUUAAUUAUAAAUCCGUUCACGAAAAGUUUAAAACCCAAUGCAAAAAUGCAAGUUUAGUUUUUUAAAGCUUUUAAUCGGCGUUUAAUAAAAUUUGGAAACGUUAUCACUCUACGUUCAAUAAAUACGUAGAAAUAUUCUCAUGCUCUUAAAUAAAAUCUUAUAAAAAUAGACAGUGUAAUUUAGAAGUGUAUAUUCGUGUAAAUGUCAGUUUAAAAGUGUUGUAAAAUAUAUAUUAAAAAUAUCAAUUUAAAGAAAAGUAGUAAUUGCAAGUAUUGCAAUUGUAAAUAAUAAGUAAUACGAAAAGAAAGCAAAAAUUUCAUUCAAAUAAAUAAUAAUUGAAAGUUAAUAAAUUAAGAAUCAAGUUAAAAUAUUUGAGCAACCAGUUCUCGGUUCGUGCGUGUUUACUUUUACUGUUGUUUUGUGAAAUUUUAAUUCUUUUGUAUGGCAAAUUGUUGAAUGGCGGCCACUGUUGGCCCCAAAAGGCACACCGUGAACGGAAUAAGAGCCAAUCUCAAUCCCAAUCCCAAUCAUAGUCAUAAUCACAACAACAGCGGUCAUUUAAAUAGUCAUCAAAGCAGUACAAACGCCAACGUCAACAACUGCUUUAGCAAUACCUCCAAUUCUCAACAAUUUGGUCAUAGAGCAGCAGUGCCCGUUGUUGCUGUUGCUCCUACGUCGCGUUCUCGUCCGCGUAUUUCAAUGAGCGUAUCAAUGUCACUAGUACAGGGAGGAGCUGCUGGCGGUGCCCCACAAGGUGCCAUUUUAGCUGCUGCAGCACCAUAUUAUCAACCGCCAGCUGUGCCACAGGAUGUACAGCCGGAUCGUCCCAUUGGCUAUGGCGCCUUCGGAGUAGUAUGGGCAGUCACAGAUCCACGCGAUGGACGACGCGUCGCACUCAAAAAGCUUCCAAAUGUCUUUCAGUCGCUGGUCUCAUCGAAACGAGUUUUCCGUGAAUUGAAAAUGCUCUGCUUUUUCAAGCAUGAAAAUGUACUCUCAGCAUUGGACAUUUUACAACCACCUCAUUUGGAUUUCUUCCAAGAAAUAUAUGUGAUAACCGAACUUCUUCAGUCAGAUCUCCAUAAGAUAAUCGUCUCGCCACAACAUCUCUCCGCCGAUCACAUUAAAGUGUUCCUCUACCAAAUAUUGCGCGGUCUGAAGUAUCUGCAUUCGGCGCGCAUACUCCAUCGUGACAUCAAGCCCGGCAAUCUGCUGGUCAAUUCGAAUUGUGUGCUGAAAAUAUGCGAUUUCGGUUUGGCGCGCGUCGAGGAGCCCGAUCAGGCCAAACAUAUGACACAAGAGGUCGUCACACAAUAUUAUCGUGCACCGGAAAUUUUAAUGGGUGCACGCCAUUACUCGUCGGCGGUGGAUGUUUGGUCGGUAGGUUGCAUUUUCGGUGAACUGCUCGGUCGUCGCAUUCUCUUUCAGGCACAGAAUCCCGUACAACAGCUGGAGCUGAUCACCGAGCUGUUGGGCACACCAUCCAUGGAGGAUAUGCGUCACGCCUGCGAUGGCGCCCGCUCACAUAUGCUGCGUCGCGCACCCAAGCUGCCAUCAUUUUCGGCGUUGUACACGCUCAGUUCGCAUGCGACGCACGAGGCGGUGCAUCUGCUGUGUCAAAUGCUUGUCUUCGAUCCGGAUAAGCGCAUCACAGUGACGGAUGCUCUGGCGCAUCCCUACCUAGAUGAGGGCCGUCUACGUUAUCACUCGUGCAUGUGCAAAUGCUGUUUCACUACCUCGGCCGGUAUGCGUCAAUACACGCCCGAUUUUGAGCCAUCAGCUGGUCAGCCAUUCGAUGAUCUGUGGGAGCGUAAAUUGACAUCGGUGCAGCAAGUUAAAGAGGAAAUGCACAAAUUCAUAGCGGAACAACUGCAAACGGGACGCGUGCCACUUUGUAUAAAUCCGCAAAGUGCGGCCUUCAAAAGUUUUGCUAGAUACGUUGAGCAAGUUAGGAAAUUGCGGAAAGAGCGCAACAAGCGAAAUCCCAUCGGCAUAACGCUCAUGCAACAGCUGGAGAUCGAUCGACGUCAACAACAGCAACUUGAUCUUGAUGCGGCGCUUAAGUCCAUUAUGUAUACGCCGUCAUCGUUAGCGGACUCACCACCACCCAUUGCGAGCAAUGCAAGCACACCGUCCUGCAUCAAAUUGCCCAGCUUCAGUUCAUUCGACUAUAGUACACCGCCAACGCAUAAGAAGCCCGUGUCUCCGCUGAUGGACUCAUUCGAUUUCACGCUAAAUCUGACCUUGUGCUGGCAGAGCGAAGAUGAAGGAACGGAUUCUGCCGAUGAGUCCACGGGUAGUGGCUCGUGAUUGCCAAUCGGUUGUGUGUGUGUGCGUGUUUGUGCGUUUUAAUGACAUUUAUGCCAUUGCAACAUCUUGAAUGACAACACAGCGCGUCUAGUGCAACUAUGAACUCGUCGAGCACAACAACAACAUUUUUAUUUACAUUGUAUUGUUUGAAGCGGCGUUGCAGCUCAGCAAAUUAGCAACAACAAGAAAUUUAUUCAACCACUAUCUGUCUGCAUACAACAAAUGAAAUCUCUGAAUUAGUUCAACUGUAGCGCAUCCUUCCGAAUUGCCGCCAUCGCCGCACCAAUGGGAAUGACGGCAAAAUGAGGCCAUAGCCGCCUAAAAG